CUCUUCUCUCUCUGAUUCCGAAUCGGUUCAUUAUUAUUAUGGAUUCUUCUUCUUCUUCCUCCGCCGCCGCACGCCGCCGUAUCAACGCUAUCCAUUCUCAUCUCGUCACCUCUUCUCGCUCAUCCCCUCUCCUCCGCUCCAAUCCCACCGCCGGCGAGUUCUGUCUUGAUAAUGGCUACAGUGUUGUUCUUCCCGAGAAAUUGAAUACUGGCAAUUGGAACGUCUACAGAUCUGCAAAGUCUCCGUUCAAGCUCGUUAGCAGAUUCCCAGAUCAUCCUGACAUCGCUACUCUCCAUGACAAUUUUGAGCAUGCUGUUCAUGAUUUUCGGGAUUACAAGUAUUUAGGAACUCGUGUUCGUGUCGACGGAACUGUUGGAGACUACAAAUGGAUGACAUAUGGAGAAGCUGGUACGGCAAGAACUGCUUUAGGUUCGGGUUUAGUUCAUCACGGAAUCCCCAUGGGAUCAUCUGUUGGAAUUUACUUUAUCAACCGCCCAGAGUGGCUCAUUGUUGACCAUGCUUGUUCUUCUUAUUCUUAUGUGUCUGUUCCUUUGUAUGAUACUCUUGGUCCUGAUGCUGUGAAAUUUAUUGUCAAUCAUGCAACUGUGCAAGCCAUAUUUUGUGUGGCAGAGACUUUAAACUCUUUACUUAGCUGUUUGUCUGAGAUGCCAAGUGUACGCCUGGUGGUGGUUGUUGGAGGGUUAAAUGAAUCUUUACCCUCUCUUCCCUCAUCAACAGGAGUGAAAGUUGUAUCAUAUUCGGUGUUACUGAAUCAGGGUCGUAGUAACCCUCAGCGGUUUUUUCCACCAAAACCCGAUGAUGUUGCAACCAUAUGCUAUACAAGCGGAACAACUGGGACACCCAAGGGAGUUGUAUUAACUCAUGCAAACUUGAUUGCGAAUGUUGCUGGCUCCAGCUUUAGUGUGAAAUUUUUCUCGUCAGAUGUUUACAUUUCGUAUCUUCCACUGGCACACAUUUACGAACGAGCUAAUCAGAUCCUAACAGUGUACUUUGGAGUUGCUGUUGGAUUCUACCAAGGGGACAAUAUGAAACUACUGGAUGAUUUGGCUGCUCUGAGACCUACUGUGUUCAGCAGUGUCCCUCGAUUAUACAAUAGAAUAUAUGCUGGUAUCAUUAACGCAGUAAAAACCUCUGGUGGGCUGAAAGAGAGACUCUUCAAUGCUGCCUAUAAUGCAAAGAAGCAGGCUCUCUUGAAUGGAAAGAGUGCUUCUCCCAUAUGGGACAGGUUGGUAUUUAAUAAGAUAAAGGACAGACUUGGAGGGCGGGUUCGUUUUAUGACGUCUGGUGCUUCACCUCUGUCUCCUGAAGUGAUGGAAUUUUUGAAAAUAUGCUUUGGAGGAAGGGUAACAGAGGGAUAUGGAAUGACUGAAACAUCUUGUGUUAUAAGUGGAAUGGACGAGGGUGAUAACCUCACUGGACAUGUUGGCUCUCCUAAUCCAGCUUGUGAAGUAAAGCUUGUGGAUGUCCCGGAAAUGAACUAUACAUCAGUGGAUCAGCCCCAUCCCCGUGGCGAAAUAUGUGUUAGGGGUCCUAUCAUUUUUAGAGGCUAUUACAAAGAUGAAGUUCAAACGAAAGAGGUGAUUGAUGAAGAUGGAUGGCUUCACACUGGAGAUAUAGGUCUGUGGCUGCCGGGAGGACGUCUAAAAAUUAUUGACAGGAAGAAGAACAUCUUCAAACUGGCGCAGGGCGAGUAUAUAGCUCCAGAGAAAAUUGAAAACGUCUAUGCUAAAUGCAAAUUUGUGGGCCAGUGCUUUAUAUAUGGUGAUAGCUUUAAUUCAUCAUUGGUAGCUGUUGUAUCGGUUGAUCCAGAUGUGCUGAAAAGCUGGGCUGCUUCAGAAGGCAUUAAGUAUGGAGGAGAUCUGAGAGAAUUGUGCAAUAACCCGAGAGUGAAAGCAGCAGUACUAUCUGACAUGGACACUGUUGGAAGAGAAGCUCAGUUGAGAGGCUUUGAGUUUGCAAAGGCUGUGACAUUGGUGCUGGAACCAUUCACGCUGGAAAAUGGCUUGUUGACUCCGACAUUCAAGAUUAAGAGACCACAAGCAAAGGAAUAUUUCGCAGAAGCAAUAACAAACAUGUACAAGGAGCUUGGUGCUUCUGAUAAAGUUUGGUCAUGUGUCUCUGUCAUGUCUUUCAUCACUUAUAAAUACGUGGAUCCUUCAUCUUCUUAUCCAACAGAGUCUGUCAUUUCAAGCAGGUUAAACAUGGCUGUUGUUGUUUCUAAUGCUAAUGCUCCGGCCUUUGAGGCCAAGAUGACUGUCUAUGUCUUCAUCUGCGUUAUGAUUGCCGCUGUCGGCGGUUUGAUCUUCGGUUAUGACAUAGGAAUUUCCGGUGGAGUAAGUGCAAUGGACGAUUUCCUGAAGGAAUUUUUCCCGGCGGUGUGGGAGAGGAAGAAGCACGUACACGAGAACAACUACUGCAAGUACGAUAACCAGUUCUUGCAACUGUUCACCUCGUCUCUUUACCUAGCUGCCCUCGUGGCCAGUUUCUUCGCUUCCGCCACCUGUUCUAAACUUGGACGCAGGCCGACGAUGCAGUUUGCUUCUAUCUUCUUCUUGAUUGGUGUCGGUCUCACUGCAGGAGCCGUUAACCUCGUCAUGUUGAUCAUUGGAAGACUCUUCCUUGGCUUUGGUGUCGGAUUUGGCAAUCAGGCAGUGCCUCUUUUCCUGUCUGAGAUUGCUCCAGCACAGCUCCGAGGAGGUCUCAACAUUGUGUUCCAACUCAUGGUUACAAUCGGAAUCCUAAUUGCCAACAUUGUCAACUACUUCACUGCCACGGUUCACCCUUACGGAUGGCGAAUUGCUCUCGGUGGAGCCGGAAUUCCAGCUGUUAUCCUCCUCUUCGGUUCACUACUUAUCAUUGAGACGCCCACAAGCCUCAUCGAGCGCAACAAGAACGAACAAGGAAAAGAAGCCCUAAGGAAGAUCAGAGGAGUUGAUGAUAUCAAUGACGAGUAUGAGUCUAUCGUCCAUGCCUGCGACAUUGCGAGUCAAGUCAAGGACCCUUACAGGAAACUGUUGAAACCCGCGAGUCGCCCACCGUUCAUCAUCGGAAUGCUUCUCCAGCUUUUCCAACAAUUUACCGGAAUCAAUGCGAUUAUGUUCUAUGCACCGGUUUUAUUCCAAACUGUUGGAUUCGGAAGCGACGCAGCUCUUCUCUCUGCGGUUAUCACCGGAACGAUCAAUGUUCUAGCCACGUUCGUUGGGAUUUACCUCGUUGACAAAACCGGCAGGAGAUUCCUUCUUCUCCAAUCUUCCGUUCACAUGCUCAUCUGCCAGUUGAUCAUUGGAAUCAUCCUAGCAAAGGACUUGGGUACAACGGGAACACUCGGGAGGCCACAAGCCCUAGUAGUGGUGAUCUUUGUGUGCGUUUACGUGAUGGGCUUUGCGUGGUCAUGGGGACCUUUAGGAUGGCUAAUUCCUAGCGAGACGUUUCCUCUAGAGACCCGUAGCGCAGGAUUCGCUGUUGCAGUCUCAUGCAACAUGUUCUUCACGUUUGUAAUCGCUCAAGCUUUCCUAUCGAUGCUUUGCGGGAUGAGGUCUGGAAUUUUCUUCUUCUUCAGCGCUUGGAUCAUUGUGAUGGGACUGUUUGCGUUUUUCUUCAUACCAGAGACAAAAGGAAUCGCCAUUGAUGACAUGAGGGAGAGUGUGUGGAAGCCACAUUGGUUCUGGAAAAGGUAUAUGCUUCCAGAGGACGACCACCAUGACGUUGAGAAGAGAAAUGCUUGAAAUCACAAGUCUCUGUUGAUUUGUGUUUUUUUCCCCUGUUCCGUUUUUUUUUUUUUUUUUUUUUUUGGAUAUUCUUUGAUUCUUUCGUACUUCUUUUGUUUCGUGGGAACGAAUAGUUCAAUAAGACCAACUUGUUGAUUCAGGUUAGGUAUUAUCAAUGAAAUUCCAUGGAAAUAAAGUUUUUGAAAAUCA